AUGUUCUUCGAUCUGAAUAUACCUUAUAACCCGGGUGACUCCGAAAUUGCCCACACUUUGAACUUCCUUGCAGAGCUCGGCUACACCACGGUCGCCUUGUCAGAGACAAUCAACGGAAAAUUACCUCCCAGCCUGACUGCCUCACCUGCACCCAAAGAUAUUCCCCGGAACCUGACGCUUCUUAGCCGGCUGAAUUUGACCCUCUCCGACCCUGCGCAAAACCAACGCCUUGCGAGCCUGACUCAGGCCUACGAUCUGGUUGCGCUCCGUCCAACGAAUGAGAAGGCUCUUCUCAAUGCGUGCACCAACCUGGAGUGUGAUAUCAUCUCCCUCGAUUUCUCCGUUCGGCUGCCUUUCCACUUCAAAUUCAAAAUGGUCUCCGCUGCUAUCUCGCGUGGAGUUCGUUUUGAGAUCUGUUACAGCCCGGGUGUGACGGGCAGUGGACUCGACGCUCGACGCAAUCUAAUCGGAAAUGCUAUGGGAUUGAUACGCGCAACCCGUGGUCGAGGAAUUAUUGUGUCAAGUGAGGCGCGAAAGGCUCUGAGCGUGAGAGCUCCAUGGGAUGUGAUUAAUCUUACCUGCAUCUGGGGCUUGUCGCAGGAGCGCGGCAAAGAGGCAGUAUGCGAAGAGGCUAGAAAGGUCACCGCCUUAGCCAAGCUGAAGCGAACCAGCUGGCGCGGAAUUGUCGACAUUCUUGAUGGGGGGAACAAAUCUGUUGCCAAAGUUACAGGGUUGUCGUCUAAACCGAGGGAAGUCGCAGAGACCAAAUCUGAUGGAUUAAAAAGAAAAGCAUCACUCGGCUCUGAGGCAGCAACAGAGGAAAUCGAGAAGCCACUAUCAAAACGCGAAAUGAAGCGCAGGGCCAAGAAGGCUCGCCUAGAGGCGGUUGGCGGCCAAAACAAUGCGAACGGCACGACAACCACUUGA